AUGUCAAGAAAACGUGAAAGUGGUUGUGAAUAUAGAAAACGAGCAAAGGAAAGAUCAGAAAAAAAUGAGGAACUGGUGAAGAAGAUUCCCAAGAUUGACACCUUUUUACAAAAAGGUGAUAAAAAACAAAAAGUGGACUCGACAGAGCUGAGUGAAAUUCAACAAGAAUUCGAUCAACCUUCAACAAGUGGUAACAACACAUCAAACAAAGCUGAAAGCAUUAUGGAGAUUCCGGAACAAGUGGAAUCUUGUGAAAAUCCGAAAAAAGCUUUUCCAGAAAUUAGCGGCAGUUCAGAUAACUUCAGUGAUGAUCCAGCUCUGUGGGAUGAAAUAACAGAGGAGUUGAGGCAGAAUUUUAUCAAUCGUGGAAUUAAACAAAAUAUUGAUUUAUUAGAUUUUGAAGCUUCAAGAAGGAAUUACAAUGAUCGCGUUCGAUAUUGUUCGAAAGGAUUGUUUAAAACCCGAUUGAAAAAUGCCGAGACUCACACUCGCGAUUUCUUGAUUUACUCUGCCAGCACAGGACGUCUCUACUGUCUGCCAUGCCGUUUAUUCAAUGGAAAAGGUCCAUUUGCAUCUACCGGAUUUAAUGAUUGGAAAAAUCCUAUUACUAUUGAACAGCACGAGAAUUCACAGAAUCACAAAAAUUGUGUCCUAAUUUUACUCCAAAGGCAAAAAGCAGCUGGCCAGGUAGAUGCACUUCAUGUUAAAGAAUACAAGCGGGAAGUACAGUACUGGAGAGAAGUUUUAAAGAGAGUUGUUGCAGCGAUCAAGGCAUUGGCAUCAAGAGGACUUUCAUUCAGGGGUUCGACGGAAGUAUUUGGUAGUCUACAUAAUGGCAAUUAUAUGAUGCUAUUAGAAUUUCUAGCUGAAUUUGACCCUUUUCUUGCUGAUCACAUUGAAAAGCACGGAAAUCAAGGCAGAGGGAACGUCUCUUACUUGUCAUCAUCGAUUUGUGAAGAAAUUAUCCAAAUUAUGGCUACAGAAGUUCUAAAAUCAAUUGAUCAGGAAGUUACAGAAGCCAAAUACUAUUCAAUAAGCGUAGACUCCACACCAGAUAUAACGCAUACCGAUCAACUGGCUUUUAUUACUCGCUAUAAUAAAGAAGACGGAAAACCAGUGGAAAGAUUUUUGGGAUUUAUACCAAAUCCGGGACACAAGGCUGAAGACCUUUAUAACGCUGUUAUUAAGAUGAUGGAGGAGCAUAAUUUCAAUUUUGCGAAUUGUAGAGGUCAAUCCUAUGACAAUGCGGCAAAUAUGUCAGGAAUAUAUAAUGGACUGCAAGCAAAAAUAAAAGAAAUCUCUCCUUUGGCAUAUUGGAUCCCAUGCGCGGCUCAUUCGCUGAACUUCGUCGGAGAACACGCUGCUGGAUCGUGUAAGGCAUCUCGGGAUUUUUUCUCACUUCUUCAGGAUAUUUACGUUUUCUUCUCAAUCUCGACUGCUCGCUGGGGCAUACUAAUGAAACAUCUGACUGGCCCUUCAGUGAAACGAUUAUCUACAACUCGCUGGUCGGCGAGAUAUGAAGCUUGCAACAGCAUCAACCAAAAUUGGAAAGAAGUUGUCGCAGCUUUGAGUGAAAUUGAUGAGCGGGACGGGUCUAAGACUGGGAGUGAAGCAAAAGGAUUGAAAAUCAAGCUAACAUCUCUGGAAACCGCAAUAAUGUUCGCUGUAUGGAGUCCAAUUUUGGAAAGAUUUGAUAAAGUGAGCGAAGCAAUACAGAAAGUUGGCAUUGGUAUAGAUGAAGUAGUUUUGUAUUAUGAGUCAUUGGUUGAUUAUAUCUUAGGAUUAAGAGAUCAAUUUGAUCGAUUUGAGGAGAGAGCGAAGAUCAAUUCUGGAUUUGAGAAAUAUCGAAGUGAAGAAAGAAGAGCCACAACAAGAACUGUUCCUGCUGAUGAAACUCGAGUGGGACAUACUGCUUUGAGUGGGAGGGAAAACUUCAGAGUAGGGGUUUAUCUUGUUAUAAUUGACUAUCUAACAAGAGAAUUGAAUCAACGUAAAAAUUGCUACAAGGGUUUUGCUGCGAAAUUCUCCUUUUUAUUAAAACUGCAAUCGAUUAGUUCUGAAGAAUUAGGAGUAGCGGUUACUAAUCUCAUCUCUAGUUUUCCUCAGGAUUCAGAUGAAAAACUCCACGAUGAAUGUUUGCACUUCAAAUCCUACUUAGCACAGUUAGAACAACCUCCAAAAACUCUACACGAGAUGAGUACCUUCAUUAGAAGUGAUAAAAGCUUAGUGCAAGUGUUUCCCUACAUCGAUAUUACAAUUAGAAUGUUUUUAUGCACUUUUGCAACGAACUGUUCAGCAGAGAGGUCGUUUUCAGCAUUGAAGCGAAUUUUAUCCUAUUUGCGAUCUAGCAUGUCUCAAGAGCGUUUGAAUUCUCUGGCCGUUUUGUGCAUUGAAGCUGAAUUGUUGAAAAAAUUAGACUUCGAAGCUGUGUUGCAACAAUUUGCGGAAAAGAAGGCAAGAAGAAAACCAUUAUUAGUUUGA